AUGAGGACAGGUUGCUAUAAGAGCUUAUGUGACACUAUUGGCAGCUAUAUAUAUAUAUUUCAUAAAAAAAUAUCGACUUCAAAAACAUUCAUUUAUUUUAACUCGAUUAUUUUUGUUUGUUUUGGCAAAAGUUCAUCACUGCUUAUUCUGUUGAAGUUGGUAGAUGACAGAUUUAUCAAGGUAUAUUGA